CGGCGCGAGCCCAAGAAGCCCGACGACCGCGACCGGAAGCGGCCCGAGCCCCGCAAGAACGACCUCGAGGCCCGCAAGCCGCGCCCCGACAAGGAGCGCAAGCUCGACGAGGACGCGGCCAGGGAGAAGACCGACGACUACAUCGACAAGCUGAUGAUCGCCGACCCCAAAAAGAUCAACAAGCUCCCGCCGAUACCGAAGAAGGUGAACCGCGACGAGCCCAAGGACAAGGACGCCUCGUCCCCCGCCAAGCGGGCCAAGGAGGACGGCCGCGGGGAGAAGAAGAAGCGGCGGGAGGACGGCAAGGACGGCUCCGGCUCGUCGCCGGAGAAGCGGCCGAAGGGCGAGAGGAAGGGCAAGCGGCGCGCCGACGCGGCCGACAGCCCGGCGGAGCCCGAGGUCGUGGCCUUCAAGGAGCUCCGGAACUACCACAAGGAGCGCUACAUGCGCCGCAACAAGGAGAAAUCCGAGAGCCCCGACAGCACGCCGCUGGCCGCGCCCGCGCCCGACGCGCCCGACGCGCCGCCAAAUGUGACCGACGUCGUGGUAGAAAACAAGGAUGUCGACCUUAGAGUGCUCCCCAUUGUGGAGCCUAAGGCGGUCGCAAUAAGCCAGAAACGACCCUCCACUGAGAUGCUUGAAGGAAAAGUUAAGAAAAACAAACUCGAUAAGUUUGAUAUAUUAUUCGGAAAUGAAGACGUGGAUCUCCGUCAACUGCCUCAAGUGGACGAUACUAUUCCACCCUUAACAGAAUCACCUAAAAUAGACAUAAAUCUCCCCGAAAAUGACAUCAACGAUUCCCCCCAAUUGUCGCCAAAGAAGGAUUGGAAUGAAGUAAAAGAGAAAACAGAAGAAGUGAAGAGAACACCGUCCAAAUUAGAUUUAGUUAGGGCGAAGCUUGCUGAAGCAACCAAGGGCAAAGACAGGCUUGGAAGACCGCUGCUAUAUAGUAUAGAAAAGGAACGACGCCGCACAGUAAGUUCAGAAGACACAGAUAUGCGAACAGAAAACACAGAAGAUUUUGACGCUGAGGACCACAAGAAAACCAUUUCCAUCAUUAUGAACCAGGCCAAGGAGCAAUUUAACGAUGGACAAUUAGAUAAGAACCAAUACAACACCCUUAUGUAUCAAGUUCUACAACUGAAUGAGAAAUUAAAACUCAAAGAAGCCAAACAAAGGGAAUCCUUAGAAUUAUCGAAGAGGAAACUGAAGGCUCAUACACAGGAGCAAAACAAUGCUAGUCCCAAAGCGGUCCCAAACACUUAUGGGGAUAUCGACGAACGAGUCGUUCCUUACAUCGAAACUCCAUCUGAUAAUCAAGGGUAUCUCAAAGACUCUGACAUGAGAAUGUUGGAUACAAUUGAAGGCCAGCGACCUGGAUUACUUCCACUACCCCCUACCAUGCCCAUACCUCCUUACAUGCCAUAUGCUAACAACUGGAGAGGACCAAGACCAAGAGUUGACGAAUAUAUGCCUAGAAGAUUCAGACGACCGACACCGCCUUUCUUCAGGGGAAAGUUCGAUAAAAGAGGCCCAAGACUACCUUUUGAUCAGAGAAUGCCGUUGCCACCGCUACCUGCACCUCAAAUAGGCAUGUGUCAGGGCGAAUGUCCGUUACAACCCUAUGAAAAGACCGAGCCUCCUCCGCCUUUAGGAGCGCCUGGUAUCGUAAUCCCACCGACAGAUUAUAAAAUAAUUGAAUACAUAGACCAAGAUCCAGUGAAAACUAUUCAAAUUGACUGUGUACCAAGAGAAAUAAGAUUUUAUGGGGAUACGGCGAUUAUUAUGUUGGACUGGGACGACCCUAGGGAGAUUAAAUUCUUACCUGGUUGUCGACGAGUUACCUUUGAUAACAAAGAUUCCGUUGUCUUAUCAUUCAAUGAACCUUACAAACAAGUUGAAAUUGACGAUCAAGUUUUCGACAUUCGGUUCGGAGCGCCUACAAGGGAAUUAUACAUAAACGGAAGAUGGUUCGAGUCUUUCUUUGGUGGCCAGCCGUUCGGAGUACUUAUUGACGGCAAACCUCGCUUGGUCCAUUUAGAAGGGCCGCUACCCCAAGUGGAUAUAGGGAAAACGAAACGCACAGAUCUUGUUGCUGGGAAAAUCAAUCUUAUAGUGAAUGCUACACAGAUGUGUCCUGUAUAUCUCGACGCUAAAGUUCAAAAAUUCAUGAUCAACGGUCAGUACUUUACCAUUCGAUUUGUGGAUUCGUUAAGAACCGUGUUGAUAAAUGAGCAGCCGUUCCAAGUUGAGUAUGGGGACUUGCCGAAGCCUAUAACGGUUGGAAAUGAGAAGUUCUUCAUCCGCUUUUCUGCAUUACCGCGUAACAUCAAACCUGGUAUGAUUACCAUAGCGAAUAUGGAAGGUGCCGUAGGGCCCCUGCCGCCGCCACCCACGGUAUCGAUGGAGAAUGUCCUCAACGACAUGCCGAGCGAAAUGGAAGUGGAUCAGGAGCCACCGAGACCAGCCAACACACCUAGUCCUGAUGGGGAACAUCAAGGCCUAGACCUGCUUGCCAGCGUUAUGCCGACAGCAAUGGAAGCACCACCCUCUGCGACAGAGUACACACUCGCCGAGCCUCUGUUCGCCAAACCUGAGAAAAUCCCCGGCCUGGAGACUCCCUCAGAAGAGAAACCACCGACAUUACCUAUACUAGGCAACAUAAAUGUCAAUGAUCUAUUUGCCAAGUUAGUAGCCAGUGGAAUUGUGCCAGUGCCAAACGACGCCAAGCCUGAAGCGAAGGAUCGGAAGGAAGAACCUAAGGAGGAUGUGAAAAAUAAAACGAAAGAAGAUAAGACUAAGAUACAUCGGGUGGAUUUGUUGAAGCCAGAAACUUUGAGAGGCAAGCAGCCUGGCCUAGUAGCGGCCCUGUACGGCGGCAUGCAGUGCAGCGGCUGCGGCGCGCGCUUCCCUCCAGAGCACACGGUGCGCUACAGCCAGCACCUCGACUGGCACUUCCGCCAGAACAGGAGGGACCGCGACUCGGCCCGGAGGGCGCACAGUCGCCACUGGCAUUAUGACCUCUCUGACUGGGUGCAGUACGAGGAGGUCGAGGACCUGGAAGAGAGGGAGAAGAGUUGGUUCGAAACGGGCGGCGCCGAAGGCGAGGGCGAAGGUCCCGUCGAAGCCGUCGAAGAGGCGCCUAGCGUGGCCGCGGGGGCGCCGCAGGACCACUUCUGCGCCACCUGCGGGGACAAGUUCGACCAGUUCUACAACGAGGACAAGGAAGAGUGGCAUCUGAGGAACUCCGUCAGGCACGAGGAUAAGAACUACCAUCCAAUGUGCUUCGAGGACUAUAAGGCGUCACUGACGAAGGAAGAGCCAGUCCCGGAAGUCACCGAAGUGGUCUCCUUGGAUAAGGAGGAGGAGGCAAUCGAGAUCCGUGACAUCGACGACAUAAACUCACAGUCCGAUGACGAGGUUGUUGAGGUCGUUGAACCCGAGAAGCCUGUGGAGGCACUAGAGAUCGACGAAGAAGAAGGUGAUGACGACGUAGUGUUAAAAGCGGAACCCGUGGAACAAGUCGUGGUGAAUGAUGACGCGGACACUGACGAUGAGACCAUGGAAGUGAGGAAAGAGAGAGACCGGCAGGCUGAGAUCGAUUUCUCCAAUAUCAAGGUCAAGCAGGAGCCUAUCGACCCUGACGAUGAACCAAUAAUAACAGCUGAAGAAGAGACAGUCCAGCCAACCAUAGACACAACACACAUAACUGUCCUCUCGUCCAUAGACGGAAACGUCCAAUUAGACGCGGCGCCAACGGCAACAUCGCUCCCUAUUGGAGGAAUUAGGAUUAACAUCUCAAAAUCGAUACCAUCCUUCAUUCAAAACAACCAUGAUGAUAAAAUGCUAGAGGAUAUAAGUGCCGAUGACGAACCUCUACCUCCUGGUGAGGAACCAGAGCUCGACUAUAAACUAAAGCCGACAUUGGAAGGCGUGCAGUUGAGUAGACAACCACCGCUGAAUAGAGGCACGGAGUGUUCUGGGUUGUGUUCGAUUAUGUAGUGUCCGAUUGUUCCAACUAGAGCCAGUUUAUCGAAAGCUAUAUGCUUGUAAUCACAACAGAAAACAACGUGAUUGGUACAAAAUAAUUUGAUAUAUUGCUCAUUUCUCUGGUCUCCUUACGUUUCUAAAUGCAGCACUAGGUACCCUGGCGUAUCAGUACAUAAUAAUGUAUAAUUGAGCAGUUGGGCUAGUAAAUCUGUAAGCUACCUUCUAAUGAUGAUUCAGCCCGUUUAAAGAAAUUUUGUUCCUAUUGUCUAUUGCCUCUACUACAGGCCUAUUAGACUAGAAAAAUGACAUCAAAUGCUGUUCUUGCUCAAAAUAAUGAAACCGUGACAUCUUGAAUCGUGUUCGCUUAACUUGUGUUAUGUCUUAGAAACGCGUUUUGCUUAAUAAAGUGCCUAAAUUGAUUAUGUUAGAAUAUGGAAUAUUGCUACCUCAUUAUUAGCCUUUUCUCUUUGUUGAUGUUGUGUAUACAUUUCGUAAAUUAACGUAGCUUUAGAAUAAAUUGGUUUUAUUGAAUAUCUAUUUACUAUAUCUGAUCGGGUUGUACAGACUUUGUGAAGUAUUAACACUUAAUAUAAUCAUAUACCUUUUUACCACUUCCUCGUGUGAAAGAAGAAAUUCAAAUAGUUAUUACAUUGAAAGUCCCGUUGAUAUAUAGAAAUCGUCUCAAGAAAAACAGUAGCUUUUUACAAUAUAUUAGAAAUAGAUUUGAAAUUUUACCUAUGCUAUAAAUUAUUAUAUGUCAGAUGAGGCACGUGCAUAGUUGUGAGAUUUGUAUGUACUGUUAAAAGACUAUAAAGUUAAAAGUAGACCCCAUGUAAGUACGGUUGAAGAGAAUAACGAUGAGUGUCCGUGUUAAUUGUGUCAAAUUGCGUGAGGUAUGUAGAUUGAAUCACAGUUUAAUUUAAUAAAUUCUAGUAAAUAAUGUUGAUUUAAACAACAUGUGAUACUAAAGUUAAGUUCCUAACUUUACAAGCGAAGUUGCGUUUUAUUCAUAUUAUUAAUUACAUUUAAUAUAUAAUAAGUUGUGUAUAUAAUUGGUUUAAUAUUAGUUACUUUGUGUAUAUAGUGUUUGAAGGUACAAACUUAUACAAUAUUUUUAUGUAUCACAAAUGUAUAAAGGGGCCCACACACAUAUUUAUGUGUAUAAGUUGUUAUAAUUUAAACCUUAUGUUUAAUGGUGUACAAAGGUGUGUUGUACCGAUAUAACGUUUUAGUUAGGUUAUGAAUCUCCUAAUUGUUAUAACAAGUAAAUCAAAGAAUAAAAAUAUUCUUGUAUUAUCCGAGUUUCUUUUGUCAUCUGCUCUGCAUUUCUAUGUACAAUGUAUCGGUAUCUUGAUCACUUUUAAGCGUCAGCCGAAUUUUCUGUCAUAGCACUAUGUUCUUCAUAUGAUGUCUACAAUUCAUAUUUAAUAGUUCAACAUGUUCGAGAUACUAAUUGAAUCCCUUUUAUCUAACUUUAUCCUUUAUGGCUAUAGAUCUAGGCCUAAAUCGACUCCUAGUAACCAAAAAGAUUCCACAAAAAAU